AAACAAACGACAAACAAAUUUGUUCUAGAAAUAAAGUGAAAAGUACAUAGUAAUAUAUACAAUAAAUUGUGUAUAUAUGAAUUAAAAAGAUUCUAAAACAAUAACAACAAUAUUUAAAUGUAUAUAUUCAUUCAUUAAAGAAAAAUAACAAAAACAAUAAAAAGCCGGAAAGCAGAUGUGAUCUUAUACACGAACAAAUAAUAAUUCUUAUAAAUACAAACAAAUUUUAAUUUGUAUGAAAAAUAAAAUAUUAAAAAGUGCACUCAGCCCCCCAACAACAAUUUGAAACACAAAAUGCAGCAGCAUAAAUUUGGUUUGAUACUAAAUCCACACAUUCACUUGCUAAAAUGGUUGGUCAUAGCCAUUUGUUUAAUGGGCACGGCAAAUGGCGCAAAAAUACUGGGCAUAUUUCCACAUGCCAGUGAAAGUCAUUUCGUGGUUAUGAGAACAUUUAUGAUGGAAUUAGCCAAAAAAGAGCACAAUAUUACCCUGUAUAGUAGUCAUCGUUUAGAUGACCAUUUAGACAAUCUAAAAGAAAACAUAAUAGAACCAGAAUUUCAAUUCUGGAAAGAAGUACAAAAACAGGCGGGUGUCAAGGAUUUACAAGCGCUUAGCACAAUCAAUGAUGAUAAACUGAAUACAUAUUUAGCGGCAGCUGGUCACUCACUAAUGGAUUACUUUUUAACUAACAGCCAAAUGCAGGAACUAUUGAAAACACCAACCGAUGACUUUGAUUAUGAUAUGAUCAUUGUGGAUCUGUUCUAUUCGGAAGCUUUAUUGGCUCUUGGAUAUUAUUUCAGUGUCCCAGUUAUUGGUGUAGUAAAUACUGACUUUGCCAACUAUAUGGAACAAGUACAAGAUACGAUGGUACCUUCGGCUUGUUUACCAUAUGAUUUGAAAAAUUAUGAUAAAAAUUUGGGUUAUUGGCAAAGAUUGGCUAAUAUAAAAACAUGUCUAGCCCGUAGACAAAGUUUUGUUAAUGAUCAUUAUGGUAAGCAGGAAAAAGUUAUUAAAAAACACUUCAAACAGUUAAAGGGAACGAUUCCCACAAUAAUGGAACUGCAGGAAAAUUUAGCAUUAUUGUUAGUCAACAACUAUUAUCCGCUAGCUACUCCAAAGCCUCUACUUCCCAACAUAAUACCAGUAGGUGGUUUGCAUAUUAGAGCUCCUAAAGAAUUGCCUUGGCAUAUCAGACGUUUCCUGGACGAAGCUCGCUCUGGAGCCAUUUAUAUGCACCUGGGAGAUGAAAAACUUUGUGCUGAUAUACCCAAAGAAAAACUCAAUGUACUUUUCCAUAUUUUGGGUAAACGACAAGAACGCAUUUUAUGGACUUGUCAUGAUGUUCAGAAAUUGGAAGGUCUUCCGAAAAAUAUGAUGAUCCAACAUUUAGUACCUCAAACUGAUAUUCUAGCUCAUCCCCAUAUACGAUUAUUUAUAAUGAAUGGCGACAUCAUGGGUUUACAGGAAAGCAUCGUCCGACAUGUACCUUUGCUUGGUAUGCCAUUGUUUAAAAAUGAAUUGGAAAACAUUAGGCUAGCGGAAAAAUUGCAAAUUGGUGUGCGUGUAGAUUAUAGUAAUCUUACAGAAACUUCCUUGAACUGGGCUUUGGAUACUGUCUUACACAAGGACUUUUAUGUUCUCAACAUAAGAGAUAUUUCGAAAGUUUUUCGCGAUAGACCUUUAGGUGGUUUGGCCAAUGCCAUCUUUUGGUUGGACUAUAUUGAUCGCUAUGGCAAUGGGCCCUUGAAAACUCAAGGUCUUGGAAUGCCUUUAAAUCAAUUGCAUUUAUCGGACUUAAGUUUUUAUAAUUAUCUCAUGUCAUUUGUAGUUCUAUUUGUUUUGAUUGGUUUCUACUUCUUGGGUGUGUUUGUGUGGAAGAAAAGACAAACUGAAAAAAUGUUUUCUAAACUUAAUUAG